AUGGCGUCAAACUAUCGAGAUGACCCCGGAUAUCAGGCAACAACGGCUACAUUGCCAAGAGUCGAUUGGUAUCAUGCCAAAUUCAUGUUCCGAAUAUUCGCGGCGGAGGCUCUGGGAGUGGGAAUCAUUAUUUUCAUUCUCGCAGUACAUUCCGCCGGUGGUGAGCUGAAAAGCGACCUCAACGGACCAAUCACCGCUGCUGCUGCUUUUGCUGUAGCCGUCUGGACUGUGGGUCCGGUUAGUGGACCACAAAUCACACCGAUUCUGUCAUUGGCUCUACUACUAACACGACGAAUCAACUUUGUCUAUUUCAUUCUGGGGAUUAUGGGUCAGACGUUCGGCGCUUUUAUGGCUCUGUUGCUUGGAUCACGGCUUGUUCCCGGUCUAUCAGAAAAGAACAAUUUGUUGCUACAGAUACCGGGACCAAAUGUCACUGAUUUGCAGGCGUUUGGACUGGAAUGCGUUUGUAGUUUCAUCCUCAUAGUUUGCGUGCUAAGUACCCUUGACGAAUUCCGAAAAUCACACUGGUCUCAGGGUCACGUGACGUCGUUUUCGAUCAUCGUUUUCAUUCUGAUCCUGCCUUUGGCUGCUGUACUGAUAUAUGUUACAGCACCCAUAUGUGGAUCGGUGAUCGCUGUUCUGCUGUGGGAGAUGGUGAUCAGUGAUGGUGCAUCUGUUGAACGUAUAAAGCACUGGUGGACCGACCCGAAUUUCGAUCGUCACAAGGACUACAACCGAUUGAGUUGCAAUGCGCGCGGGCAG